GAUCUGCCUGAGGGCUGAAGCCAUCAGCCCCUCCAGCAGCUGUGGAGCCGACGAGUUUCUGGAGCUGUCGGUGGGGCGCUGCCUGCCCUGCGACAAGUCCUGCAGCGGUUGCUACGGCGCCACGGCCCUGGACUGCGCCUGCUGCCGCUUUGGCGUUCGCGAUGGGCGCGGGAUGUGUCCUAUGUCCUUGGACGAGAAUGGGGAAGCGAUAGCCUGCACCUUCAGAAGCACAACCGAGGCGGAUCCUACUGGUUCCUCAGAUCCGAUUGGCUCAGUAAAUCAAUGUAUUUCUGGGCGCUUCCCAGCAGUUCUGGUGCUGCUGGUGCUGUACUUGGCACCUGGAAGGUUGAUGUAG